AUGAAAGUUCGUCCAGUCAAACAUGAAUGUCCCAAAUGGCGCCCUUCCAAAAACAGACUUCAAAUCACGAGAGAUUACCGCCGAAAACGCUUAGCAGCUUUUAAACAAAAUACAGCAAAAGAAAAUGCACAGUCACCCCAUAAAAAAAUUAAAAAUGUUGCACAAGCAAACCGCGAUAAAACCUUAUUGCCUGUCAAAGGUAUCGAAAUAAAUCCUUUGUUGAAUAGCGACGUAAACGACAUAUCCAUUGAUCGUUUGGAAGGCAUUUCUGAAUUGCCUACUUUUUCACAUCAGGAAACAAAUAUUCAUCAAAUAUCUUCGAAUUACAUAAAAUCUAAAGAGUCUUAUCAGAAUUUUCUCGCAAAAGAAAUGUUAAAGGCGAAAAUGUCGCACGUGCAAGUAAAAUGCGUUCUUCGCAUCAUGCGAAUGCACGAGUGUCUGAAGUAUCUUCCAGCUGAUUCAAGAACGCUUUUAGGAACUCCACGUGUUUCACCCAAUAUAUAUUUAGUUUUGCCAGGGGAGUAUUUGCAUAUAGGCGUUGAAAAGGCUUUAAAAAUAAGCCUUUCUUCAUAUGAAGUUGACAACAUCUCGGAAACGCUUUUAGUUGAUAUUCAUUUGGAUGGAGCCCAGGUCCAUAAAGUAGGUACGGAAAAAAUUUGGCCUAUUCAAUGCAGAAUAUCUAAUCUUCCCAAGAGCCAACCAGAACCGAUCGGUAUUUAUAAAGGUAAUCACAAUCCAGAAAGUUCCGAAGAUUACUUUAAAUUUUUAAUACAAGAUAUCAAUGAAAUUGAAGAAAAAGGAGGAAUUGUAUUCAAAGACAAACUUUUUUCUGUUAAAUUAAGGUGUCUAAUAGCAGAUGCCCCGGCACGAGCUUUCAUCUUAAAUCAUGCGGGACAUAAUUCCUUGGUCCCUUGUUCAAAGUGCAAAAUUGUUGGCAAAAGGGUAGGUUAUUAUACAGUUCUAAAAGGCACAAAUCAUCCACCAAGGACGCAUGAUGAAUAUACGUCACGGGUUGAUCAGAAUCAUCACCAUUUAGGCACAAGCCCCAUUUCAAAAUUGCCAUUUAACAUGGUUGAAAGCGUUGUUUUUGAUUAUAUGCAUUUGGCCUGCCUCGGUAUUAUGAAAAAACUCCUUGAAACGUGGGUUCUUGGAAAAUAUACAAAAAUAACACAUUUGACGGAGAAUGAAAAAAAAAUUGUUAAUAAAAGAUUGGAAGCAAUUUCCACCUUUUGUCCAAAAGAAUUUUCUCAUAGACCAAAAACACUUACUAAAUUUUCUACUUUGUUUAAAGCAACAGACUAUCGUCAGAUAGCACUAUAUUCAGGGCCUGUCAUCUUUAAGGGAAUAUUAAAGAACUUCGCAUACCAACAUUUCUUACUGUUUCAUGUUGCAAUGAGAAUUCUUGUUUCUUCAAAUUCAAAUAAAAUACUUCAAAAUUUUGCCGAAACAAUAUCGAAAUUUUUCGUGACAAACUGCGAAGAAAUUUAUGGACCCAUUUUUUUAUCGUACAAUAUUCACGGGUUCUUGCACCUGACUGACGAUGUCCGAAGAUUUGGACCUUUAGAUUCAUUUUCUGCUUUUCCGUAUGAAAAUAAAAUGAGGUAUUUCACUAGUAUGUGUCGCAGACCUGGUGUUACAUUGGAACAAAUGGCAAACAGACGAGCAGAACACGAAAAUCAUAACGUAAAUUUUGCCGAGAAGCUGACCAAAGCUACGUUCAUAGAACUGAAAUCCAGACAUAGUGCUGGCCCGGUUCCUGAAUCAUUUAAUGAAUAUUGUCAGUACAAAACACUGAUCACCCAAUCUUAUCACUUUGAUUGUACUAAGAGAAAUCGCUGCUGUAUUUUAAAUGACUCGACUAUUUGUCUAAUUUAUAAUAUUCUUGUAAAGAAUAGCGAAUAUCUCCUUGUUGUCAAAACUUUCAAGAACAUUUGUGAUUUCUUCGAUGUUGGUUUUCCGUCUUCGAGCUUCGGUGUUUAUCUUUGUGGAGAUAUAACUGAGGACUUAUCAGUUAUCUCCUUCACUUCUGUUGUUGGUAAAUGUUUUCUCAUGCCCAUUCUAGAUAAUAAUAGCAGGGAUUCUGAAAGCGAAGACAGUGAAGCUGACGACUUAACGAUUAAUGGGCGUACGCGAGAAAUAACUAAACCAGAGCGCUACGCCACUACUGAAGAAGAGAGUAUGCCCCUUAAAAGAAAAAAGAAGAGAAUUUUGUCGGAUGAGACAUUAUUAAAAAAUUCCACCAACAUGAUGAGGUCUAUUAAGGAAAUUGCCAAACAACAAUUCCCACAGAAUAUUUGUCCGCCAUCCAUAGGCAUUCCAAUAUCUCUUCCUGAAAAAUCUCUCAACUCGGCUAUUGCAAUUGCCCAUCCUUCUCUCGGACCGCCUCCAUUUCCAUUUAGUAAUAUUGCCUCCUCUUCAUGCAUUUCAAUGUCUUCUGAAACAUCUCUCACCUCAGCUCGUGUAAAUGCUCAUCCUUAUCUCGGACCGCCUCCAUUACCAUUGAGUAAUAUUGCCGCGACUACCAGUUCUCUCUCUCCUUCUGAAACAUCUCUUACCUCGGCUGGUUUAAAUGCUCAUCCUUAUCUCGGACCGCCUCCAUUACCAUUGAAUAAUAUUGUCGCGACUACCAGUCCUCUCUCUCCUGCCUUUAAUUUCACAGACAUAAACAAUUUGUUAGCACCAACCGAUGUGACCUUUGCCAGCCUCUCACAUGAUCCAUCCACAUUUGCAGAGGAGCAAAUUAUUCAAAUUCAUGCUCUUGGAAAUGAAAAUUCCAAGAGGGAUGAACGAACAGAAAAUUCUGACGAACAUUCGGAGCACAUCAGGAAUGACAAGGUCGUUUUAAAUUAUUUAAAGAGAGAAUUUCGAAAAAUUCAUGUAAGAAUGGAUUCCUUUGAACGGCUUCUUUCAAGGCAAAUGCGCAGGGAUAUGCCCAGAAAACCUUCUAUAUUACCUUUUAAAAGUAUAGAAAAUAUAAUAAAUUUCACCGACCAACAUGAUCAAUUCCAAUCUGUAAUUGAUUAUGGGGCCUUUAUAGGUGGUGACACGUUAAAAGACCAAAUUCAUAACCUCUUCAAGGAGUUCAUCUGUGACGAGUUAUGUACCCAGUUUACAUGGUGGGGGGAUGAGCAAGGAAUUCAUCCCCUUUACAACUCUGGAAUUGUUAGGGCAAUUUUUGGAGCUGUGUGUACCAAUAAGAACUUCUCACCACCAACGCGAGUUGAACUCCAAAGAGAGGUAACGGCGAGUCUCAAAGUGGCAAAACAGCGCCACCGUAAUGCCGCUAAGCGUCGAGAUCCAACCGCAAAUGACAAUGACAAUGAAGAUUCCAUAAGGCGGCGCCGGAUUGAAGCGGAUAAUUUGUACAAUAUUAAUUAAUAUUAUAAAUACUUAAGUACAACAUUUUUAUUUUUAUUUUAUUUAUUUUUUUUUAUACUUAAGUAUAUAUUUU